CGGAUCAACAACCAAAUCCAAAUCCUCUCUCUCUCUCUCUCUCUCUCUCUCUCUCUGUGUCUGCAGCGCCGCCGAUGCCGAAGCGAGUGGCCGACGAGAUCGCCGCGCUCCCGGAGCCGCGUGGGCCCCUGCGCCGCCCCUGCGCCGACCUCUCCCGUCGCGUCCGCCUCCUCGCCCCGCUGAUCGACCACCUCCCGCCUGCCGCCGCCUCCGACUCCUCGCCUCCCCUCGCCGACUCCCUUGCCGCCGCACGAGACCUCCUCCGCAAGGUCCGCGACGGCAGUAAGAUCGACCAGGCCAUGCGAGGGGAUGCCUUCCUCGACGAAUUUGCAGCUGUCAACAAGCAGAUUCAGCUGGCCUUGGAUGCCUUGCCCUACAAAACCCUGGACAUGCCCCAAGAGGUCCACGAGCAGGUCGCGCUCGUGCACUCCCAGUUCCAAAGAGCCGCCACAAGGACGGAUCCCCCGGAUACACAGCUUUCCAAGGAUCUAGCUUGGGCUCUUACCGACAACCCCACCGACCCCGCCCUUCUCACCAGGAUCUCCCACAGGCUGCAGCUGCACACCAUGGCUGACAUGAAGAACGAGUCCAUCGCCCUCCAUAACAUGGUCAUUUCCACUGCCGGCGAACCCGAUGGCUGUGUCGACCACAUGUCUUCCUUGCUCAAGAAGCUUAAGGACUGCGUCGUCACUGACGAUCCCACCAACGAUGCUCUUGCCAGUAGGUCUGCCUCCAUAAAGCAUAGGUCUCCUAUCAUCCCAGACGAAUUUAGGUGCCCCAUAUCCCUUGAGCUCAUGCAGGACCCUGUCAUUGUGUCUAGCGGCCAGACAUACGAGCGAUCCUGCAUCCAGAAGUGGCUUGAUUCUGGCCACAAAACCUGCCCUAAGACGCAGCAGCCCCUCUCACAUACUUCACUGACCCCAAACUUUGUCCUCAAAAGCCUCAUAUCACAAUGGUGUGAAGUCAAUGGUAUCGAGCUUCCGAAGAACAAACAGAAUUCCCGCGACAAGAAGGCCACGAAAAGUUCUGACUAUGACCAUGCUGGUCUGGUCUCGCUAAUGAACAGGCUCAGGAGUGGGAACCAAGAUGAGCAGCGGGCAGCUGCAGGUGAGAUACGAUUGCUUGCCAAGAGAAAUGUCAACAACCGGAUAUGCAUCGCUGAAGCAGGAGCCAUCCCACUGCUGGUUAACCUGCUCUCCUCUUUGGAUCCACGGACACAGGAACAUGCAGUAACAGCACUUCUGAACCUCUCCAUUCAUGAAAACAAUAAGGCAAGCAUCGUGGACUCUCAUGCUAUUCCUAAGAUAGUGGAAGUGCUUAAAACUGGGAGCAUGGAAGCCAGAGAGAAUGCAGCAGCCACACUGUUUAGCUUAUCAGUUGUUGAUGAAAACAAAGUAACCAUUGGUGCUGCUGGUGCAAUAACUCCGCUCAUCAACCUUCUGUGCGAUGGGAGCCCAAGAGGCAAGAAAGAUGCUGCGACAGCAAUUUUUAACCUAUGCAUAUAUCAGGGAAAUAAGGUCCGCGCAGUGAAAGCUGGAAUCGUCAUCCAUCUGAUGAACUUCUUGGUGGAUCCCACGGGGGGAAUGAUUGACGAGGCACUUAGUCUUCUGUCAAUUCUUGCAGGCAACCCAGAAGGCAAGGUUGUGAUCGCGCAGUCGGAGCCUAUUCCUCCACUUAUCGAGGUUAUCAAAACUGGAUCUCCUCGCAACAGGGAGAACGCUGCAGCCAUUCUGUGGUUGCUCUGUUCUGCUGAUGCUGAGCAGACAUUGGCUGCAAAGGCAGCUGGAGCGGAGGAUGCACUCAAGGAGCUGUCAGAAACUGGCACAGAUCGUGCUAAGAGGAAAGCUUCUAGCAUCCUUGAACUCAUGCGCCAAGCAAAUGAGGCAUGAAGCAGACAACAUUAAUUUGUUGAAAUUCGAUUAUGUGGUUGUCUAAUAGCUAUAGCCCAUUGUACACUUAAAACACAUAAAUACUAAAUUGUUUCUGAAUAGUGUUGAAGUUUGAUAUAUAUAUAUAUGUAGGCAGAUUUUUUUAAAGAGAAUUCCAUAAACAUAUAAAGUGUUGUAUAAUAUAUAUUGUAACUCACUUCCGUGUACUUGAUAAAA